AUGUUGGAUCCAUCAUCCAGCGAGGAGGAAUCAGAUGGGAUAGUGGAGGAAGAAAGCAAAGAGGUGAUGGCACCCCAGGCCGGAUCCCGAAUCUCCCCGAGCCGGACCAGCGAGAGCUCGGGCGGGCUACAGCCCGGCGGCCGGGGCAGCGGCGCCCGUCCGUCCAGCCCGAGCCCCUCGGCCGUCAGCGAGCAGGAGAAAGAGGAGGUGGAGAAGCUGCAUAGAGAGGAAGAGGAGCGGAAGAAGAAAUUGCAGCUCUAUGUAUUUGUAAUGCGCUGCGUCGCUUACCCUUUCAAUGCAAAACAGCCGACCGACAUGGCCAGACGGCAACAGAAGAUAACCAAGCAGCAGCUCCAGACGGUGAAAGAUCGUUUCCAGGCCUUCCUGAAUGGAGAGACGCAGAUUGUGGCGGAUGAAGCCUUCAUCAAUGCAGUGCAGAGCUUCUACGAGGUGUUCCUGAAGAGCGACCGCGUGACGCGCAUGGUGCAGAGCGGCGGCUUCUCGGCCAACGACUGCCGCGAGGUCUUCAAGAAGCACAUCGAGAAGCGCGUGCGCAGCCUGCCGGAGAUUGAUGGCCUCAGCAAGGAGACGGUGCUCAGCUCCUGGAUGGCCAAGUUCGACACCAUCUACCGCGGCGACGAGGACCCGCGCAAGCAGCAGCAGCGCAUGACGGCCAGCGCCGCCUCCGAGCUCAUCCUCAGCAAGGAUCAGCUCUACGAGAUGUUCCAGCAGAUCCUGGGCAUCAAGAAAUUUGAGCACCAACUUCUCUACAACGCCUGUCAGCUGGACAACCUAGAUGAACAAGCUGCCCAAAUAAGAAGAGAGUUGGAUGGACGACUACAAAUGGCGGAUCAGAUCGCAAGAGCAGGGAAGUUUCCCAAGUUUGUGUCCAAGGAAAUGGAGGCCAUGUACAUCGAGGAGCUGAAGUCUUCCGUCAACCAGCUGAUGGCCAACCUAGAAAGCAUGCCGGUGUCCAAGGGCGGGGAGUUUAAACUGCAGAAGCUGAAAAGAGGUCACAAUACCUCCAUCAUCGACAUGGGCCAGGAGGACGAGAACCAGCUCUCCAAGUCUGAUGUGGUGCUCUCUUUCACCUUGGAGGUUGUAAUAAUGGAGGUUCAGGGCCUGAAGUCUCUGGCUCCCAACCGCAUUGUCUACUGUACCAUGGAAGUGGAAGGUGGUGAGAAACUGCAGACCGAUCAAGCCGAGGCCUCCAAACCGACCUGGGGCACUCAAGGGGACUUCACCACAACACACCCACUUCCUGGGGUCAAGGUGAAGCUCUUCACAGAGAGCACAGGCGUGCUGGCCCUGGAGGACAAGGAGCUGGGGAGGGUUGUCCUGCACCCAACGCCCAACAGUCCCAAGCAGUCCGAGCUACAUAAAAUGAGCCUGACGAAGGCGUGCCCUGACCACGACCUGAAGAUCAAGCUGGCCAUCCGCAUGGACAAGCCUCAGAACAUGAAGCAUUGUGGGUACCUGUGGGCAUUUGGGAAAAAUGUAUGGAAGCGAUGGAAAAAGAGGUACUUCGUCUUAGUGCAGGUGAGCCAGUACACCUUUGCCAUGUGCAGCUACCGGGAGAAGAAGGCGGAGCCUCAGGAGCUGCUCCAGCUGGACGGCUACACGGUGGACUACACCGACCCCCAGCCAGGCCUGGAUGGUGGGAGGGCUUUCUUCAACGCAGUGAAGGAGGGAGACACUGUGAUCUUUGCCAGCGACGACGAGCAAGAUCGCAUCCUGUGGGUUCAGGCUAUGUAUCGGGCCACCGGGCAAUCCCACAAGCCUGUCCCACCCACCCAGGUGCAGAAGCUCAACGCCAAGGGAGGGGCGGCACCCCAGAUGGACGCACCCAUUUCCCAGUUCUCUGGACUGAAGGAUGCGGACAGAGCUCAGAAACACGGGAUGGAUGAGUUUAUCUCCGCUAACCCGUGUAGCUUUGACCACGCCUCCCUUUUCGAGAUCUUGCAGCGGCUGACGCUGGAUCACAGGCUCAACGACUCCUUUUCAUGUCUGGGAUGGUUCAGUCCAGGACAGGUGUUUGUGCUGGAUGAGUACUGCGCCCGCAAUGGUGUGCGGGGCUGCCAUAGACACCUGCAUUAUCUGGGGGACCUGCUGGAGCGUGCUGAGAACGGGGCCAUGAUCGACCCCACCCUGCUGCACUACAGCUUUGCCUUCUGCGCCUCUCACGUCCAUGGCAACAGGCCGGAUGGAUUAGGGACCGUCAAGGUGGAUGAGAAGGAACGGUUUGAGGAUAUCAAGGAGAAGUUGCGUGUGUUUCUGGAGGACAAGAUCACUAACUUCAGAUACAGCUUUCCAUUCGGCCGUCCCGAAGGAGCUCUGAAAGCUACUCUGUCUUUACUAGAAAGGGUCCUUAUGAAAGAUAUUGUGACCCCAGUGCCACAGGAAGAGGUGAAAGGUGUGAUUCGCAAAUGUCUGGAACAGGCGGCCUUGCUUAACUACCAGCGCAUCACCGAGUACGCCAAAAUCGAAGUUGAGAAAGAUCAAAAGGAUCAGAAGGAUCCAGAUAAUGCCGCUCGCUUGGCCACACCUGCCAAGAGACUGGAAGACACCAUCCGUAUGGCAGAGUUAGUCAUUGAGGUGCUUCAGCAGAACGAGGAUCACCACGCUGAGGCUGCAGUCACAAGUACAGGAGAUCAAUCGGGAAAAGAGGCCUUUGCGUGGUGGUCCGACCUGAUGGUGGAACACGCUGAGCACUUCUUGUCGCUCUAUGCCGUGGACAUGGAUUCUGCCCUGGAGAUACAGUCUCCAGAGAGCUGGGACAGCUUUCCACUCUUCCAGCUGCUUAACGAUUUCCUCCGGAUCGACUGCCACCUGUGCAACGGGAAGUUCCACAAACACCUGCAGGACCUAUAUGCCCCGCUUGUGGUUAAAUAUGUGGACCUGAUGGAGUCUUCCAUUGCACAGUCAAUACAUAAGGGCUUUGAUCGCGAGUCGUGGGAGCCCGUGAAGAGUUUAACAAGUAAUCUGCCCAAUGUGAAUCUGCCAAAUGUGAACCUCCAAAUUCCCAAAGUACCAAAUCUGCCCGUCCCAGUAGCAGGACUGUCAGUUAAUCUCCCACAAAUGCCUAGCUUUUCCACUCCGUCAUGGAUGGCCUCUAUAUAUGACUCUGACAAUGGCUCUGGGACCACAGAGGACCUCUUCUGGAAGCUGGAUGCCUUGCAGACCUUCAUUCGGGACCUGCACUGGCCCGAGGAGGAGUUUGCCAAGCACCUGGACAACCGUAUGAAGCUAAUGUCCAGUAACAUGAUCGAAUCCUGCGUGAAACGCACGCGAGCUGCUUUCGAGUCGAAGCUCCAGAAGAGCAGCAAGACGACAGAUUUCCGCAUCCCACAGUCAAUAUGCACCAUGUUCAACGUGAUGGUGGACGCCAAGGACCAAUCUGCCAAGCUGUGUGCCAUGGAGAUGGGCCAGGAGAAACAGCAGCAUUCCAAAAUUGACUCUCUCAUCGAAGAUUCUGUUAAGGAGAUGAUUUCCCUCCUGGUGGGAAAGUUUGUAACCAUUCUGGAAAGCGUCUUGGCGAAGCUGUCCAGAUACGACGAAGGCACUCUCUUUUCGUCCUUCUUAUCUUUCACAGUAAAAGCAGCCUCAAAGUAUGUGGAUGUUCCCAAGCCCGGGAUGGACGUGGCGGAUGGAUACGUGACCUGUGUGCGCCACUCACAGGACAUGCUCCGAGAAAAGGUCAAUGAGGAGGUGUACAUAGAAAGGUUAUUUGAUGGUACCGAAGGCUGUUCUUUAAAAAAAGGCACUUUAAGUAAAAAAUAUAUAUAUAUAACUGGAACCAAUGAAAAGUGUUUCGUUGGAUGUACCUUUAAAACAGAGAACUUUCACAAAGUGGGGUGGAAGAUUCCAUCCGUUGAAACACUGUUUCUUCGUUCCUCUGUGCCUUGAGAACAUCUUUAGGUGCUUUUUGAGAAGGAUUUUCUUGAGCAGUGUUCUCUUAUUCAUAAUUUGAAACAAAUUAAUACUUAUAUAAGCAAAUGCAUGUCUACAGCACUUCACCCAAUAAAAUAAGUACUUUUGUUAUGUAUAAAGUAAAUGAAAGACUGCAAAAUUCUCACAUUUUUAUGCAUUUUUAUACACAUAAAUAGUUUUUAUAACCUAAUAGGAAGAGACUUCAUAACAAUAACUGUAUUUUGAGUAGCAUUAAGUGUGUUGUAUGUUUAAACACAAAGAGGACAUGCACACCUUCCAGCAAUGAAGGGGUGAAACACAGUUUGAGAAAACACAAAAUAAUGCAGAAAAUAGACGCCUUAAAACUUUCCAGACCAUAGUCAUUUAUUUAUGUAAUUAUCAUAUAAAUUACAUGUUAUGUAUAUUAAAAUAUACAUAAAAUUUUUUAAAUAUACAUAGAAAUUUUACAUUUAAGUGGCUAUAGUUAUUCAUUUUAAAAAUAUUUGAGUAUUAGGUAAUACCUCUGUAUUGAAGUUCAGUGCUGUUACACUAACUGCAAUUUAGUUUCAGAUGUAACUGAUAGAAUCUACAAAAAUUGAAUAAUGGUAAAAUACACAAAAUAAAUAAAAGGCAGACAAGGAAAAAAAUCCCAAAUAAGUAAUAAUUAUCAAGAAUUUGAUAUUUUUAGCAUUGCCCCCACUGCACAAAAUGAGGUUUUAUUCUUAAACAGAAAUGCACACAACAGAGCAUAAAUGUAGCAAAUGUUUAAGGUAUGCGGGGGGGUAGAGAGCACUGUCUUAAGGACCGGCUGCAGACAUCAGCUGGUCAGAAUCCUUUGUGAUGCAUGUCCACUAAGCUGCCCACCCUCCCCCACCUCCCAUGGCGUCCAGCUCAGUCAGCUUUUUUUUGCACUCUCAAAGCAGACAUCGGCCAUUUCCGUUGCCGCUGUCUGCUUUUCAGCAGUAACUCUCUCUGUUUCAGAUAUGUGUUCUUCUGUUACAUUUUUCCAGAUGAACCUGGUGUCAUUCCAUUUUAAGUGUUUGAACAAUGUGUUUCAAGCCAUCUCUCUCAAUAUCGUUUGAUUUCUAUGUUCUUUUGUAUUGGUUUUCUAGUAGUGGUUGUACCCACACAGGGCUUUUUGGUGUUAUGUGUCUUUAUUAUUUCAUGUGACAUUUAUUCCAGCCAAAGAGUGGAUUUUAUUUGUAGCUUACAAAAGCUCUUGAAUUGUUUUGUCUGCAUGCCACAUCCUUUGUCAUCUUUUCUCUCUGCUUUUCUCUGCCUCUUCCUCAUCUCAGCCUUGAGUCUGCUCUCAAUUCUUUUUUUUACUCUCCCCCUAAAAAUUGAAAUGGAACUUAUCUCUCAUGUCAGGCGGUUUUAUCGCAUUAUGUUGAACGGCAUGAUUUGGAGUCAAAUAAUCUCGCUGUGUACAUCUUCUAGCAUGACCCACCUCUUCUGAGGCUAGCCUUCAUACAUGCAUCCCACUCUCCAGCAUCCAAUCCCAGCUCUGCAUGCAGAACCCACCCAAAGCAACAGUGUGAAGUGGACCGGCACCAACACGGCUCUGCCCAAUUCUGUUCCCACGGUGAACCCUGCCCAGGGGUUGGCAGGCCCUGAUCCAAAUUCUCUCAACUACAGCCUCUUCACUUCACGAUACCAAAAAUUGUUUAUGAUUACUUUUUUUUCUUUUUAAAAACAAUUACAGUAUGCUUUCACUCCAUGUGCUGUUAUCUUUAAACUGUGAUUUUUAAAUCAAAAUAGCAAGGCAGACCGGUCGAAUGACAGAAGCAGUGUCCUAUAAUGCACAACAUCGGCCAUAAAGGAAUCAGUUCUGUGUGAUGAAACAGUCUGAGAAAACAGCACAACUCCUUGUUGCCUGCUAAACCAUUUCUGCACUUUCUCAUUUGGAAUUUGAUUUAAAUCAUUAAUACCUUCCAGUAGCACAAAUUGGAUUCAACCUAUAUUUGUAAUAGUAGCUCAUACACAUCUGAAGUUUAUUUACUCAAUAUACACUAAAUAUAAUGAAGAUAGGAAGAUUUGUAGCUGUAUAUGAGCAUUUAUGACUGAAUUCUUUGACAAAAUCCUGAUUAAUUCGACAUCUACAGGACAUUCUUGUUAAGAUAUGAUAAAAAAUCCUCAUUGUCAGCUGUGGGUAAGUCUAAUGAUGCAAUAACACUAUAACAGCUAUAUAAACCAGCAGAUAAGAUAGCUUAUCGUAUUAGUGGGGUGGUGUUGAUGAUGGAGUGGGGGAUUGUUGGACCUGUGUGGUACUGUGGUUGUGCAGGCAUGGUCGGUGGUCUUUGUGUGGCACCACACUGCAAACCCACUAACUUUGCAUAAUGCAUCCUGUCAGUAAUUUAACACAUAUUUAGUGAAUUGAUGGCAAAGACAAAAAUCAUCUGAAUGCUGCUUGGCUGCAUUUUUUCUGAAGGAGAGGAGCAGUACAAACUAGAUAACUCGAUGUCAGGUAAACCGGAAUGGAAAAAAAAUCAUCUGCUGUGGUCAGGGGGAGGGGCCAUGCUGAAGGGGAACAGCAGCUGUAAAGGUAGCUGCCCAGGACCAAAUCCAUACAUCUAACGGAGAGGUGACCUGACUUCUGACCCAGUAACAGCUCCCGCAGCUGCCUGUAGACAAGGAUAAUCUGCAUGGCUGAGUCUCCAUGCUGUCAGCAGGAGUGACCAAAGAAAGUCAAACUAUUCAAAAGAAAGUCAACUUGUUGAUGGUACCGUCCUGUCUAAUGAUUUUUUUUUCCUCUUAGAAUAUGCUGUAAACUGGGUGACAUUUUGCCUCUAACCUAAUUCUUGCCAUUCUGUUUCUAACAAAAAACUUGUCUUUUGUGUGACUGCAUGUGUGUUCAGGAACCGUCUUUAGUUAGAUUUGUAUUAGUCUUUUUAGUGUCAUUGAAACACAGGCACACAGUCAGCAAAUAGUAACCUAUGAUGUGUAAAUUUGUGUUUAUUGCUGUAUGUGCUGCUUUAUUAUUGCUGUGCCUAAGCAGUAUGAGAGGAAUAGUUUCUUCUUUGAUACUUUUUCUUAUGUGAGCUGUUAUGUGAGAUUACAAUACUUGUCCGCAGAUUUUUUUGUCGCAUGAUGCAGACUUUUCUCCACUUUGAUAUCAAACUCUGAAUGGUGAAAAAGUCCUUAUUUUUAAAAUGGCUAAAUAUUUUUUAGCAAUUUUAUUUUUAUUAUAUCAUGGUGUUAUAGUUGGUGGCACUGCUGCCUCAUACCUUUAGAACUUUAGAAUUUUUGUUUGUUUGUUUGUUUGUUUAUUAGUUAACUUACUUUUAAUAAUAUAUCCUUCACAGAAUCUGAACGCUGAGUUGCUAUGAAAACACCUCUUCAGGACUGUACCCUUGAAGGACUAAAACUAUGCUUACAGUACUAAGUAUACUAACCGGCCGGCCUAUAGGAAUAAUUAUAAGGUCACCAACUUUCUUCCGUAUAUUUGAUCAGGUGAUCCAUCUCUGUGGAUGCCAAGCGGAAUGGUGUUCGCUGGGUAACGCCAAUGGCAGACUCCAGUCUUUAAAAAACUGCAGGGAAACUUAAGGAGAGAUCAUCCAAGCCUCCCUGGAUUCGUCGGUUGGGUGAAAGAGCUCAGUCACAGCCACCGUUUGAGCUAUGAAACACUUUUGAGAAGAGCACCGUUACUUUAUUGACCAUAAGCUCAACAAAUACCCUUAAUCAGAGACUGUAUUCAUUGUCAUAAUGAGACUUCUCCCAUCCAGUUUUAAUUGGAUUAAAGACAAGGCGUAAAUUAGUUGUGUUUUCCAACACAAUAACCCUGGUAACUUCCCAUCUUUCAAUUUCGAUUUAAUUUCUUUCCAGCUUUACUUAAUGCAUAUCCAGAUAAAUGAGACCAUAAGACCAAUCCCGUUGUUCCCCAUUUGUCCUGCUGCUUGUCUGUGUCCGUAUUCCAUCUCUCAGUGUACGUGUCUGUGUGUGUUGCUGGAGAACGCUGUCUGUCUGUGUUUCAGCAAUGGUACACGGGCACCAUGAACCUCCUGGGAACCUGGCUCACUGACCGUAUGGACCUUCAGCUCCAUGUCUAUCAGCUUAAAAUUCUUAUCAGGAUUGCCAAGGUAACGUGAAUGUGCCACAAAAAAAAAGAAACCACUUUGGAUUUCUUACAUGGAAGUAGGAUGUAGUUGACCUAAUUAAAACAUCAUGACGUUGUUGUUCCACAGUAAUUAAUUUUGCACUAGUGGAAAAAUGAGUGUGACAUUUUGUGUCAUGUGUAUAUCUGUUCUUCUCUGACUUAAGGAGUUAAAACUUGGGAAAUCUACAUUGCGCACAUGGGUAAUCACAAAUCAAAGUGCAUUUAUAUGUCACUUACUGUCAACAUUACUGAUACAUAGGCCUGUACCCCACAACAUUUAUAGAAGGCAUUUUUAUAUCAUCACUGUUUAUGUUAUAUUGGGGAUAAUCCAGUUGUUAAGGAUAAAUAGCCUAGUCUCCCUGCAUGGAAAUGACACAUUCAGUGUUUAACUUUUUUUUUAAUUCCCAGAAAACGUACAGGGAUUUCCGUCUGCAAGGAGUGCUCGACUCGACUCUCAACAGCAAGGCGUAUGAAACGGUGCGGAAUCGCCUCACGAUGGAGGAGGCGUCGGCAUCUGUGCGCGAGGGAGGCAUGCAGGGCAUCUCCAUGAA